AGUUGUUCAUAAAGGCACAUGACAUCAGCGGUAAUACGUAGCCACAGCCAAAAAACUACGAUGGUUCUCAUCAAGGAAUACCGUGUGGUCUUACCCUGUACAGUGGAGGAGUAUCAAGUGGGUCAGUUGUACUCCGUAGCAGAGGCCAGUAAGAAUGAGACGGGUGGAGGAGAGGGCAUUGAGGUCCUUAAGAAUGAACCCUAUGAGAAGGAGGGCGAGAAAGGACAGUACACACACAAAAUCUACCAUCUGAAGAGUAAAGUCCCAGCGUUUGUCAAGAUGAUAGCUCCUGAGGGCUCCCUGGUCUUCCAUGAAAAGGCCUGGAAUGCUUACCCUUACUGCCGAACCAUUGUAACGAAUGAGUAUAUGAAAGACGACUUCAUCAUUAAGAUUGAGACAUGGCACAAACCUGACCUUGGCACAGUAGAAAACGUGCACAAGCUGGACGUGCCCACAUGGAAGAGUGUGGAGGUGGUUCCCAUUGACAUCGCAGAUGGGGAACAAGUGGCCCCUGCUGACUACAAGGCAGAUGAGGACCCUGCUCUGUUCAAGUCAGCAAAGACUGGUAGAGGACCCCUUGGACCCAACUGGAAGAAGGAGCUGGUUAGUAAGGCUGCCUGCCCGAGGAUGUGUGCCUACAAACUGGUCACUGUCAAGUUCAAGUGGUGGGGCCUGCAGAACAAGGUGGAGAGCUUUAUUCACAAGCAAGAGAAGCGCAUCUUCACUAACUUCCAUCGCCAGCUGUUCUGUUGGAUCGACAAGUGGGUGGAGCUGACUAUGGAGGACAUCAGGAGGAUGGAGGCGGAGACCCAGAAGGAGCUGGAGGAGAUGCGUAGGAAGGGCUCUGUUCGAGGCACGAAGGCUUCAGACGAGUAGCUGCUCCAGGUGUAGGUCUGAGGAAGGCUGUCUUCGCAAACAAGGUCAAGUACGGGGAACCAGUGCUGCCGAUGCCGAAUGAGAUGGAGGGUUUUAAACAGCGAUGAAGAGUAAAGUUGAUGAUGAAGAAUUUCGACGUGUGCUCCCUGCGUGCCACCUUUUACCUUACUGAUUCAGGAUGUGGAGGACGAGGGCUCCAAUCGAUCAAUAGACCAGCACCCUGACCUACCUGCAUCCAAUUAUAGACAUUCUAUCCACAGAAUAAUUGAUUUGUAGAAAGUGACACGAUCAUAGCUUUUAAUUUUGAUCUCCUGGGCUAAAGACGUUAUCAAGAAGCAAUGACCUCAGUAAAGCUAGCUACCACCACCAUGUUGUUGAUAGACUAGUCCCUCUAUCUUCUCUUGAUAGACGCUUAGAGGGCUGCUUGGUUGUUGAGAGAUUAAUAUUUUCAAAGCAUUUAAUUGGCAUGAUUCCCUUAUGGCAGGUGUUGGACCUGUAUUUUGUUAUUCCAGUCGAGUAGGGUCGUUCCUCUGUGGUCUGUUGCCUUGCCCAUUUUUUUGUUUUCCUUUGUAUUCAUUGAUAUUUUCCCCAGAUCAUUCCUUUCAAGACAAUGUCCUCCCUGUCCUCUUCUAGCUGUUCAUAACUCUAUGGUUUUCCCAUUAGCUGGCGAAAGAGAGCCUGUCAGUGUGUUCUCCAAAAACGUGUCCCUUCCUGCCAUGGCGUUCAUUAAGAGAUUACUGACACCCUUGGCACCUGUGCCCAUCCUAAUCUUUCCCCCUCCCUCUGCAUCUUAUUAACACUCUGACAAUCUUGUCCACACAGGUAUUUCACUCUCACUCCAAUGCAAAUUAACACAAACACACACUCAUAUGCACAUGUAGACCCGCGCACACACACAGGUGUGAAUGCCUUUGCGGUGGCUGAUCUCUUCCAAGCUCAAGCUGGGCAGAUCCCUGCAGGAUCCUUCAACUUAAGGGAAGUGGCUGUUGGAGUGUUUGGAGCUGUCACUGUUUUUCCCACACUCCCCGUUCUCCAUACGCUCACACUCACUCAAUCCGCUCCUCCCCAGCGGAUGUCCCCAGAGCGAAACCGCACUGAAAAACAGUCACAGAUGGUGCUACACCCUUCGUCUCUGUCACGCACUACUCACCCCACCCUGCAGUCCACCACCCCAGUAGCCUGCCUGUCUCUGCCUUAUUCCUGUGGAUCUUUGGGACCGUGUUCUGCUGCUGGUCGUAUCCUGCUGAACAUGGGCAUCAGGUCAACAGACACCCAGCACCACCCUAGCCCAGACCAGGCCACCACCCUAGCCCAGACCAGGCCACCACCCUAGCCCAGA